UAUUUGUGUUUUUUGUUUGGGAGAGAAGAGGGGGUUGGGUUCCUCGUCAAUUUCUCUUUUGUUGCCUUGCUUUCCUUGUAAUGCUGAGCAUUUAGAGAGAGAGAGAGAGAGAGAGCGAGAGAGAGAGAAUUCCACAAUUUGGAAUCCACACCAAAACCCUCUCUUUGAUCUAUCGAAUCUAUAUUUCUUGGAGAACGGCAAAGACUACUAACAUUACAUCAUAAUAGUCUCAUAGACCGUGAGUAAGUGAUAAGAAGACCUGCGAAAUCUCCAAAAAUAAAGCUUUGUUGCUUCUUAUUGUUGCUCGUAUUUUCCUGGUACAAUCGGUGGAGAAUGGAGGAGGAGCAGAAGAAGAAGAAAGACGUGAUUCGAUUGGAGCGGGAGUCCGUAAUUCCAAUUCUGAAGCCGAAACUCAUCAUGAUGUUGGCCAAUCUCAUUGAACACAGUUCUGACCGGGCUGAAUUUCUAAAGCUUUGCAAGUAGGAAUGGCAAUGGGCCGGGGCGGGGCCGGGGAUCACCCUCCUCCUCCCCGAUCCCCGAUGGUGAAAAUUUCCUGUCCCCGGCCCCGAUCCCCAACGGGAGCCUAUCACCAUCCUCGUCCCCGCCCCCAACGGGGAUCGGGUUUCUCCGACCCCAAAAAUUCCCCAGCCCAAAUCUGUUUCAACAACAUCAUCAACAACGAAAAUUCUCCAUUUCAAGUAACUUCUUCCCAUGAAGUUCAAUGACUUGUUUCUGCAAAAUCAACAUCUGGGUAAGACACAAAACCCCAAUUGUUCAUACAUUCUACAACUAUCUGGAUUACAACAUUCCAUAUCCCCCAACAAGCUCACUGAAAACAACUAGCUGUCUAGAGCAUGCUUGUAUUAUUAACACAUAGAUCAUGGCAGCUGCUGCUGCCCCCAACUUGACACCACACACACAGAUACAUAUAUACAUACACACAGAGACAUACACACAUAUAUGUAUACAUAACACAGAGAGAGGACGACGGAGGAGAUCGGCAGCGAUGACAGAGGAGAUCAACACAGAUCUGAGUAUCUGUGUCACAGAGAGAGAGAGAGAGAGAGAGAGAGGACGACGUUGGCGAUCGGUCAAGAUCAGCGGCAGCGACAAUGGAGGGGAUCAACACAGAUUUGCGACGGAGAACAGAGGAGAUCGGCAGUGAUGGAGGAGUGGUCGUCGUGUGAGAGAGAGAGAGGAAGGCGAAACUCUAACCACCAGCGACAGUGAGGUAUAGCGGUGAGGUGAGAUAGAGAGAGAGCAAGAGCAGCAGACAGCUGUGUUUGGGUGUGAGUGACUCCGCCAAACCCUACACACACAUAUAUUAUAUAUAUAAACAGGGGCAAAAUAGUAAUUUUACGUCGGGGGCAAACGGGGUGGGGAUUGGGGUAGGGGUCGGGCCGGGCCCGGGGCUGAAACAUUUAUCCCCAUCCCCGGCUUGAAUAUUAUCGGGGAUUCAAUUUUUAAUACCAUUUUCGUCCCGUCGGGGGUAUUUUUCGAGGAAUAACCGCUCAAUUCGGGGUCGGGAGAUCGGGUCCCCGUCGGGUCGGGUUCCGAUUGCCAUCUCUAUUUGCAAGAGAGUUAAAUACACAAUUCGUGCUUGGUAUCUUCUGCAAUUUGAGGAUCUGAUGCAAUUGUUCUCCCUCUUUGAUCCUGUCCACAGGACUGAGAAAUUGAAGCAGCAGAACCUAACUCCGGAUGAAAUUGACAUUCUUGAGCAGAAUUUCCUGACAUACUUAUUUCAGGCAACACGUCACCUCUUUAGAUCCACCCCAAAAGACGUGUGGGCCCUAUCCAAAUUUGGACUCAAAGUUGCAACAGAAGGAUCAUCAGAACAAGGUUUGGAUGGUGGAAGUGAUACUAAAAGUGUGGUUGAGAUGUGCGCUCCUUGUGAUUGGGUUACUUGUCCUGUUUGUGGUAACACAGUUUGCGGCAACACAGUUUGCGGCGAAGAUUACAUGAUUAAUUCUCAUUUGGACACAUGCCUAGCAAGAGGAACCAAACAUAAAUUGAAGCAGCGCACACUUCUUCAGUUAAACUUCUGCUUACAAUCAAAAGUUAAAACUCGCUCGAGUGAUUCAGAUCAUGUAGGGGCUAAUGUUGUUCCGAAGGGUCCUGAUAACAUAUUAUGUGAUACCAUUCACAAAUUGGAUGGCUUUGUUGAUGGUGAUGAAAAAGCCAGUAUACAGUGCAAAUCACUCUUAAAUUCUGAGUCUAUUUUGUGCAGUGAUGGUUCAGUCGAAAACCUGAUCAAUGGUGACGUUAUCAACCGCAGGGUUGGUUUGCCAUCAUUGCUUCCUAAGAAUGAGAUGCCCAAAUAUGAAAUGGCUGAAACUAUGGAUGACAUAUCUGGAAGGGUCCUCGAAACUUUCAUUGUUGGCUGUAAAUUCAGUGAUGAUGUAGAGUUAAAUCAUGGGAAAAGUAUCACACUUUUGAGGAAUCCUGAUAAUAUUAAGGAUUGCAAUGCUAUCAAGGUUCUUUCUGCAGAUUCUGGAUGCUUUAAAGUACUUGGUUUUCUCCCUCGACAGUUGGCUCAAUAUCUGUCUCCUUUAAUGGAUAACUACUGCUUGAGUUUUGAGGGCUGCAUAACUUCCGUUCCAAAACAUUCUCUUGAUGUUGUCCCAAUUCAAAUCAUAUGUCAAAAUGAGAUAUUUUUUGGUGAAAAGGAAUAUGACAGUAUUCAGGUUGUUAAAUCUUUGUGGAAAAAUGCUUUCCAUGUAGCUGAAUCUGCAAAGUCUCAUCCACCGACCAUGACAAAAUAUCAGCAGAACUUUUCUCUAUUGAUACAAGAGGUUUUAAGGAGCUAUCCUCAUCUUCUCAACUACGCUGGAAAGAUUUUCUUGGAAACUUUAACUUCACGUUCAGAUGAUAGCCAGAGACUUUUUGUUCGGCUGUAUACAAGAAAAGGGCCAUGGUUUCGGAUUUCUAAUAUUUUCUACCCCGAAAUAUCUGAUUGCAACCAAGCAUUCAAGGAACUCUCUGCAAUGGGCUAUAUUCGUUCUGUUGGGUCCAUCAGUGACCUACGGGAUAAUGACUUGAAGGAGGUUCUAACUGUGCUUACUGUUUCUGAGCUACGUGAAAUUUUGUGUAAGUUUAAAAAGAAAUGCAAUUUUGGUUCAAGAAAGCAAGAUUUUAUUACAUCACUUCUUUCUUCAUAUGCGGAUGGAUUAUGCCCAGUCCUACCAAAUGUGGUUUUGGAGAAAACAGGAACAUGUAUUCAGAUAUCUUCAUCAGCUGAAUCCCUUAUUUGGCGUGCUGAGAGGCUUUUCUUCCUGACUGGAGAACAGGAUUUGUCAGCAUUUUUACUUGUGGAUUUGGGGAUUGUCAAGUAUCCAAAUUACAAUUGUAUAAUCUCAAACCAAAUUUUCUCAAGCCGCAAUGAUUUGCUUGCCUAUGAAGAGGCCAUAGAAGUGGCACAAAUAAUGGAUCAGUCUAUUGAUGAAAAUAACAAUGAAUCGGUUUUAAGAUGCAUAGAGUUAUCUGGUUCCCGUAUAUCCAACUCUUCUAGUAGAGCAACUCAAUCAUCCACUUCUGAAUCACUGGUGACAUGUUUUUCAUGCUUUUCAGCUUUGUGGGUCUACUCAAAGGUGGUUUUGCUAGGUGUCUCUUUUCUUGAGUUUGAGCAAAGGUACAACGAUGCAAUUAAUUUAUUGAAGCAGCUGCUAAUUAAUUUUGUGUCUGAUGGAAGAAGAGGAUAUUGGACUUUGAGGUUGUCAAUUGAUUUGGAGCAUCUGGGUUGUCUCAAUGAGAGCCUUUUGGUUGCUGAAGAUGGGUUGCUAGAUCCAUGUGCUCGUGCUGGUUCCAGAACAGCAUUGCAAAGGCGGGUUUUGCGUUUGGGAAAACCGCCAAGGAGUUUUUCUGAGUCUGUCAAGAGGAAGAUCACUGAGGUAAUGGAUAAGAGCAAUUUCAAGAUAGCCACUGAUGAUGAGAUCGAAGUUGCACAGUCAGGGCAGUAUCUUCUAAAUCUUCCUAUAACAGUUGAUGAAUCUAAGCUUGACAAGAAGCUUUUGACAAGGUAUUUUGUAGAGCAUCCUCGUGAAGAUCUUCCGGACUUUGCCGAUAAGGAUCAAAGUAAUGGUGUGUCGAACUUAGAGAAUGUCAAAUGCAAGUUGUUGCAUUGGGAGGGGACAAACUUGGUGGUUGUAGAAGGCCAAAUUGCAUCAAGGGAUUCCAAGUCAAAGGUGCAUCAUGUGACUCUUGGACCUUUGUGUUGGAAAGUAUGGGUGAACCACGUAACAGUCAACGUGCCGUUGUUUCGUUCUACUCAUGAAAUGAUUCGAUUGGAAGAUAUUAUUGUGUCAGUCUUAAGCAUGCUAAUGAGAUCAUUGGCACCACCACUGAGGAGCUUGUCCUUAAGGCUAAACAGAGUGCUAUUGCUCCUUGAUGUUUUUUUGAGAACCUAAGUUGCUGCUGUUGCUGCUGCUCCCAUGUCCGGUUAAGAGAGUGCUUUGAAAUUCUCUACCUAAGAUUUCCACAUGCAAUGCAACAAUCAUUUUGCUCUCGAGCACUUUUACUUACAUGGAUGCGUGCUCAGGAUUUGUUUUCUUUUUCACUAGUCCAUUAGUAUAUGUAAUAUUUUUAGAGUAAGCUUUUCGUCCCUUUUACUUUUUAUAAAUUUAUUUGUCAUUUAAUUUUUCUUUUAUGUUGUCUGCUUGACUUUCCAAGGUUUCCUGAAUAAUGUAAAUCUUUAUGUUGCCAUUUUAUGGGAAAACCUUUUCAAUAACAGAGAUUCAAGAGCAUUUGAUUAAA